AUGCGAUCCCUUCCCCAGCCAAGACUCACGCUUCUGCGACGCUGGAAACGCUUUCAAAGAGCUUUAUUAGAUCUUCUCUUGCGUGGCUCAGUUCAUGAUCCUGGUGCCUUUAUCCCACACCCAAACACCACACAUUCCACUAUUAUCAAGCAAGCAUGGUUUACUCGCCGGUUACGCCACGCCCGUCGAGCCAGCACUCUCCAGAAGGGAAUUGAUUCGGCAUUCAAGUGGCCGAUCCAUCGUAGUCGUGUAAAAGUUACACUAGGGUUUUGGUGA